GUUAUGGGAAAACAAUGAUGCUUGUUUAAACAAAAACUAUUAAAAGUUUUGUUACGAUACAUCCCUAAUGAUGUAUGUAAACGUAAAAAGGGGAAUAAACAAAGUAUAUUCGAAAAAUGGAGAAUUAUAUUAAACCAUAAACAAAAAUGCAGAUAAUGAUAUAAAAUUACAAGAUACCGUAACAGUUGAAGAAGAGAAUUAAAUUUGCAUAAAAGCGGAUAAAUUUUCUUUAUUUAAUGAUAAUAUUGAUGUAUAUAAUUUCUUAGAUAUAAAGGAUAAAAUAGGUUAUAGGCUUUUAAGGAAUGAAACUAUAUCAUAAUUUAAUUAUACAUAAACCAUUGCUUCAAAUAGUUAAGAAUAAGGUAUUAUUAUAGGAUAUUAGGAUGGUGAUUUAGUAACAAAUGUAGUCUUAAAAACAAUAAAUGAGUCUACACCGAAUUAUAUAGAAGGGGUGAAUAAAGUAGUCAAUUUUAACUAAUAUUCAUAGUAUUCUUUUAAGGUAAGAUUUGUUGUGGAUGCUGAUGAUUUAAAAACUUGCCAAUAAGCAAAUAAUGCAAUUAAAUUGUAAAUUUAAAAACCGGCUAUAAAAUAGUUCUUUUAAGGGGAAGGAAGCAGAUUAAUAGCGCAGGAAAUUAAUGUGUAUUAAAUAGGUAGUAAUUCUUCUACUGUUUAUGAUGGUAAUACGAAUACUUGUAUAGUUUAAAAUAUAAAAAGACUUAUUAUCUUUUACUAAAAUUAUGGGUUUAUUAAAAAUAAAUAAGUUUAAAUUGUUGGGUAUUCAAUUGUUGAUGAUGUUUAGAAAAUAAACGUUCAAGAACUUAGAAAUAAUUAAAGUGUGUUUGGGAAAUUUAUUAUUUAGUUUUAAAGUACUGAUUACGAUGAUAUUGAAAAUAAUUUACCUAAUUUACCUAGUAUUUUCCCUUCUUUACCAUAAUAAACAAUAUAAGUUUUAGAAAAUCCCGAAAACAUCGACCAAAAUGACGUUAAUGAACCAAUUUAAUAAAAAGACGACGAACUCUUUAAAGUUCUUGAGAAUAUCACAAACGUCUAAAACGAGAAAAUAAAGCGUUGCCAAAUUUUCAGUGAAUAAGAGUAGAUUUAUCUAUGUUAUAAAGAAAACAAUGCAAAGGAAGAACUUGUUCUCGAGCACGUAAUGUAAUUCAAGCACUAGUUUUAAUACUAAUUAUAUUUUGAAGACAAGCGUGAUCUUUUCCUUUAUCCAAAAAACGAGUAUGGUAUUUAAAAAUUUAUAUGUACGACUAUACGUCCUACGAAAUUGGGCUUUUUGGAAUUGUAUGAUUAUGCUUCUUGUGCGAAAUAUUUAUCUUCUUUUGUACAGUUUGAAGAACUGGAUCCUCCGAAUUAAUUUCCUUAAAUUAUACCUUCACCAACUAAUGUGGCAGUUUGGUAAAAAGGAGAUUGUUUUGAUAUGAGUAUUUUGUUAUGUAGUUUACUUAUUGGAGUAGGUUAUGAGGCUUAUUGUCUAUAUGGAAAAGCGCCGAGAGAAAUUUCGUCAAAAAAUGAAGCAUUAAUGGAAUAUUUAUAUUUGGAAAAAGGUAAAUAUAUACCUGAAGAAGAAAAAAAGUAAUCUGAAUAAGAAAAAAAUGAAAUAGCUAAAGAAUAAAAAAAUGUAUUCGUUAUAAAUAAAAAAUAAAUGCCUUAUUCAAAAUGGGAUAAAAAAAUUUAGGAUAAACUAGAAUCUUAAAUUAAGGAAAAAUAAAAACUUCUUGUAACUAUAGAUGAUGAUGAGCCAGAUGAAUUGUUAGCAGACCCUUAUGAGGGCUAAAGGAUACAUUGUUGGGUAUUAAUUCGUCCUGGAAAGCGUGGAGUGAAAAAAAACAUAUUUGUGGAACCUUCAACAGGCCGUGUAUAUGAUCCAUUAGAAAGUCCUUAUGAAAGUGUAGACUGUGUAUUUAAUAAUAAGAACUUUUGGAUAAAUAUGUAAUAAAAUCUAAAUGUAAAAAAUUUGAAUUUUGAUGAAAUGGACAUUUCUUUAAAUUGGGAAUAUGUAAUGUUGGAUACUUUAUAAUUCGCAGCUCCUCCAUUUUAAGAUGAUUAAGAAAACGAGGAUAUAAUAUAAAAAUAAUAAAAAAAUCCUGAGUAAGAAUAAAUAGAAGAUCUAGCAUAAAUUCUAGACAUGCCGCCACCUUGGGCACCAAAAAUUUACAUUGAUAAAGAGGCUUUUAUGAAGGGAAGUCCUUUAGGAGAAGGAACAACUUUUUUUAAUAAAGUUAGGGUAGAUACAUUUGCUCCUUAUUGCCAAAAAGACGGUUUAGUGCAGAAGAUUACUAUUUUUGAAGACUAUAAAAGACUAAAAAUAAAAGAAUAUAGAUAUUUUUAUUAACAUAGAAGUGACAAGCUGUAUUUAAGAAGAAGAUAUCCAUUCGAAUUUAAAACUAUUGAAGAAUAUGAAAUGGCUAAGUAUGAAAAUAAGUAAAUACCAUAAGCUUUGUAAUAAUGGAAGUAAAUUAUUUGUAUAGAUAGAAGAAUGAAAAUAAUUAAUUAUUACGAAAAUAGAAAUCAUGACGGUCUUAUUUAAAGAUAAGAAAUUAUAGGAGAAAAAACAAUUCUAAAAUAUAAAAAUAGAGAUGAUAGAAUUAUAUAUAGAUCGAUAAGAUUUUGUUCUAAAAAAUCAUCUAAUAAUUUUAUUAAUGAUAAAGUUUUUGUUGAUAAUAAUAUUGGUGAAGUUUAUAUAUUAAAAAUAACUUAAAAAUAUUCAAAAAAUCUUUAUUAGAAUGCAAAUGAUUAAAUAGCUAAAAUAAUUAUAGAUUUCAUUUAAGAUGAAGUAGUGGUAUAUUUUCAUUUAAAUGAGGGUGAAAUAACCCCUAUAGUUAAAAUUUAUUAAAGAGAUUAAUUGCACGGAUUUUAGAAAACGAGUGAAUAAUAAGAUUCUAAUAAAUUAGACGACCAUUUGGUUUAAUUAGAGUAUUCAAAAAUGGUAAAUUUAGAAAAAGAAUGUAUCAAUUAACUAAAAUAAGCCGAAAAAGUUUAAAAAGAUGAUGAAGUAAUUAUGAGGGAGACCGAAUUAAAACUAGAAUUGGCUCUACAUGAUAAAGCCCGAGAAAGAUUCAAAUAAAAAGCAAAAAAAAAUGAGGAAUAAGCAUUAAAAGAUGCUGCUUAAAAUGAUUAUUUAUACAAUUAUUUAGAAAAAAGAGGUUUACUUAAUGUCUCUAUACUCACUUAUUAAAACGCAUUAGAAGUUAAAAAUGAAGUAAUGUAAAAAUUAAAAGAUAAACUACUUUCAAGAGCAGAAAUAAUUCAAAAAAGAAUUGAAUAUUAAAAAAAUAUUUUAGAAUAAAAAGAAUAUUAAGUGUCUAAAAAAUAAGAAAUAGAUGCAAAAUUAGAAGAAGAAAUUAAAGAAAUUAACUUCAAAAUUGAUAUUUUGGAAUAAAGGGCUUUAAGGUUUGAAAGUAUUGCGUUGUAAAAAUAUGAAGAAAUUGAUAAUAAAUUAAAUAAUGAUGUAAGAUUAUAAGCUUUAUAAAAAAAAUGA